ACUCCCGCCUCGCUCUGGUCCCUCUUCUGCCCUGGGUUUUGGCUGGCCCUCCCUUCUCGGCAAGAUGGCGGUGCCCAGUUGCUGUGUGCCAGGUUUCUGGGUCCGGAGUUCCGGACAGUGUCUGGGGAGUCUCUUCACUUUCGUCUCAAAGCGACUUUGCUCCGCUGCUGCCGCCUCUAGGCCCAUGGAUGCCCAGCAACUAGCAGAGAGGCUCCGAGCCCAGAAAGAGAAACAAAAGGCGAAGGGGCCGGUGCCCACGAACCCUGUUCAGCGGAGAGUACGAGAACUAGUGCGGUUCACAGAGCAGCUGCAGCGAGUCCACCCCAAUGUGCUUGCUAAGGCGCUGAGCCGAGGAAUUGUCCACCAAGACAAGGACCUACUGGUCAUCAAUAAGCCUUAUGGUCUCCCUGUGCAUGGUGGCCCUGGGGUCCAGCUCUGCAUCAGUGAUGUAUUACCCAUCCUGGCAAAGAUUCUUCAUGGCCACAAGGCAGAGCCCCUGCAUCUCUGCCAUCGUCUAGACAAGGAAACUACAGGCAUAAUGGUGUUGGCUUGGGAAAAAGAAGUGGCACAUCAAGUCCAAGAGUUGUUUAGAACCCGUCAGGUGGCAAAGAAGUACUGGGCUAUUACUGUGCGCGUCCCGGUGCCCUCAGCAGGAGUCGUGGACAUCCCCAUCAUCGAGAAGGAGGUGCAGGGCCAGCAGCAGCACCACAAGAUGACGCUAUGCCCAAGCUACCGCAUGGACAACGGGAAGAUGGUGAGAGUACGGACCAGCCGGAACGCGCAUCUGGCCGUAACUCAGUACCAGGUGCUAAGCAGUAACCUCUCCUCUGCUCUCUUGGAGCUCCAGCCUGUUACUGGAAUAAAACAUCAGCUUCGAGUUCACCUGUCUUUUGGAUUGGAUUGCCCAAUCCUUGGUGAUCAUAAGUACUCAGACUGGAACAGGCUGGCCCCCCAGAAGCUGUCUGUUGGUGUCCUGAAGAAGCUAGGGCUGCCACAGUCCAAGGCCCGCCACAUCCCCCUGCACCUGCAUGCCCGCCAGCUCAUCCUGCCUGCCCUGCAGUCCAGGAAGGAGGAACUCAACUUGGUCUGCAAGCCUCCUCGAUACUUUGUCCAUUCCCUGCGUCAUCUGGGCUUAAAGAUGCCGAGUCACGAUCAAAAUGGGGAUGAGGAAGCCUCACACCCAGGACCACAGUGAAGAUAGGCAGUCUGCCCUGAAUUCUUCACUUUGUUUGACUCUGCUAACUUCUCACGUGGGACAGACUCCAGAAGAGCCGGGUGUGAUGAGUUAGAGAAACAGCUGCUUCGGGGCUUUUACUGGAGACUAGCGUCUGUUUGCUAACACUUUGACCACACUCCGGAAAAAUCAUCAGGCAGUCUCCCUGCCUCAAAGUGGAAGAGCACCCAGGACCAGGAGAUCUGAAGCACAGAAUCUCUGAUCAGGAACUGUUUUCAUUCAACAAUAAAGCUCUUGGUCUCUCGGCAA